AUGGGUAUAAUCUCCUUCUUUUCUCCACAGGCUGACCGUGAGUCUCAGUUGAGUGGAGAUGGUGGAAACGUAGAAGACAUGCUUCUUAGCAUGCUCGAUGAGAGGGACAGAUUAAUGGUGGGAUUAAAAGAAGCUCGGGAAGAACUGCAAGCUGCUCAACUUCGCUUGCGAGAUAUUGAGAAGGAGAGGGAUAUCCUGCAGACUCAACUGUCAAAUGUUGUUCCCACGGUGAGUUUAGUACCUUUUUUUCAUCUUUACAACCAAGCUUUUAUGAACGACCACAAUUCUAAGUUUCAAACAUUUCAAAGCCCAAUGCUCUAA